CUGGGUUACCUUUUAAAGGGAUUGAGAGAGAAAGAGAGAGAGACGUGCUUGUACGAGGAGAAAGAACCACCCGUCCAGGAUUUAACAGAAUAAACUUGGAAAUAAUUGUCCGAACGGGAGACCACCACUAACAGCAGUAGCAGCAGGAACAGCAACAGCAGCAGCAGGAGGAUUGUCACUUUUUUCUUUGGAAAAUAACGGAAGGGAAAGCAAAGGGAAAGGAGGAAAGAGAAAAAAAAAAGAAGAGGGCGAGAGAGAAAAUCCAGCGGCCGGUGAAUUAAAAUCAUGCAGAAAUAUGGCCACGACAUGGAUUACGAUUAUGCACAGGAAGGAACAAUUGGACAGAAUGAACAACAUAUGCCACCAGGUGGGAAUGUUCCUCGGGUUUUAGAAGCCAGACCCAUGGUCGAUCCUGAAGCUCAAGGUGAGGUCGAUCCUAAUUUAUAUCCCGAGCCCAAGGAAGCCACGCACAAGAUCAGGGGUAAGAGCGAUUUCUUAGAAUACCUCUUUGGUUCCGUCGAUCAAGAACUUCUCACGGUCAAGACCUUUUACUUCUUCUUUUACUCGGCCUUCGGUUCCCUAUUUCCCCUUAUGGGAGUUUAUUUCAAGCAAAUGGGGAUGAACGCUGCUCAGUGUGGUUUACUUAUUGGUAUCAGACCUCUCAUCGAAUUUCUCAGUGCUCCUUUCUGGGGUUCUUUGGCUGACAGGUGGCAAAAAGGUAAGCUGAUUCUGCUAGGUUCUCUUUCCUGUUGGAUCAUCUUUACGCUACCCCUCGGUUUCAUCCAACCCCCUGCAACGAGUUGCAUGGUCAGAGAUAAUCAUACUAAUAUUUUGAAACUAUUCAAACCGGAACAAAGGAUCGUUAAGAGAUCGAUUGAUUUGGACGAAUGUUAUCAUGCCCCUUCCGAUGACGAGUACUUGGAAGUUGCAGCAAACGUCGUUUUCGAAAGAUUAAGACGAGACGCCGAGGACAACGAGAUAUACGAUCGUAAAGAAAUUCAUUCAGACGACCAAGCUAAAUCCGAUCCAAUCGCGUCAUAUAACGUCGAACAAAACGAGGUUAAGAAGCUCGACGAUAAUAACGGCAAAGAAACACCUAUAGUCUAUGAUCUUGAAACAAACCGAGUUAGAAAAAGACGAGCUGCUUCUAACGAAGAAAAUACUUCAUCCGGAGACCUGAGAUACGAACAAUUGGUAUUCGAGGACGAAGUUAAUGAUCCUGAUGCUAAAAUUAUCGAUUUCGAGGCACUGCAACGAAAAAAUCGACCCGCCGAUGUGCUCGAAUAUAAACGUUUUCUCAAAAACGAGCCUCUCGAAGAAGGUAGAGUACCUAAGAAGGCGUAUCAAGGUAGAAUUAAGGAAAAAGUUAAGCAACCGAAAGAAAAGAUGAUGGUUCGUCGCGAGAUUCGUCAGGAUAAGGAAAUAAUUCGUGAUAAUUUAGACAACAGCAAGGUAUUCUCAAGUUUAAAGAAUCUACGAAAAUUAUUGUCCAUGGAGGAACGUGAAUUUGAGGAAAGAGAAGAGGACAAAAUCGAGGAGAUGUCUGUGGACACACCUUUAACGAGAAACAAACGGAAUGUACGAACCUCGGCCGGACAAAGUCCUUUGGCAGUCACAUACGCUGCUAAUUAUGACGAGAAGGAGAACAAGGGUUGGGUCAAGCCGCUUUUCAGUUCCAUCGUAUAUAGAUUACCGGAUAUACACAAAACUUUCUUCCUUUUACUAUUGUUGGUCAUAGUCGGUGAGUUUUUCUCAGCUCCCGCUAUAACACUCGCAGAUUCUGCUGUGAUCACCUUACUCGGCGAAGAUGCUGACAGAUACGGACAUCAACGUAUGUUCGGAAGUUUGGGAUGGGGAUUGGCCAUGUUUUUUGUCGGUAUCGCCCUAGAUCACAGCACAGCUUUCCCAGAUCAUCCUUGCAAUCCUGACGCUAGAGAGAAAAAUUACACGAUUUGUUUCGCUAUAUUUUGCGUUCUUAUGGGGGCUGCUCUAAUAACAGCAUUGCAGAUUAAUUUCAAGUACGACGUUGUUGCUUCUGAGCCGGAAGUGGCGAAAGUACCGGCUGAACCAACGAGGGAAGAACAACUUCAGAGUCAGUUGUCGCAGCAGUUAAAUUUGCCUGGUUUGCAAGAUUCCUCGGCUGCUAUUAAUCCAAAACCAUUACCGCCGGAAGGCAAAACGAAAAUGUUUGCCCAAACGAUGCGAGAAAUUCCAGAAUGGGUGACAGUUUUGAAGCAAUUUAAAGAUCUCAAAUGUAGUUCUUUCCUGUUCGUCGCUUGGUGGAUGGGUUUCGGUAUCGGACUCAUCUUUACUUUUCUAUUCUGGCACCUUCAAGAUUACGGUGGUUCGCCUACGCUUUUCGGUGUUGCAUCGGUGAUAAAUCACAUUUCCGAAAUCUUUGCCUAUUUCUUCAGUUUCAAAUUGAUUCGACAAAUCGGCCACGUUAAGGUGUUGUGCCUUGGUUUAGCUGGAAACGUGAUACGUUUCCUCUAUAUAUCUUGGCUCAUUAAUCCCUGGUGGGUUCUACCUUUCGAAUUUAUUCAAGGAAUUACUCAUGCCGCGGUUUGGGCAGCCUGUUGCAGUUACAUAGCCCAUAACACGCCGCAACAUUUGCGUUCGAGUGCUCAAGGUGUACUACAAGGGUUACAUCAUGGUCUCGGAAGAGGAUGCGGUGCGGUGAUUGGUGGCAUGUUUGUCACUGCUUAUGGUACCACGACGACUUUCCGAAUUUACGGCCUCACCUGCCUUGUCGUUUUAGCGGCCUUCGUUUUCAUCAACUUUUACAGAAAAGAUACCGGCUUCGUUUCCGAUUUACCGCAAACCGAGGAUCCUCAUCAAGUAGCCGAGGUGACGCAUUUAGCGCCUCACGGAGUGCCGAGCAACGCUAUUCCAAGAGCACUCAGUUCAACUCGUCUCCAUGAACUGGCUAAUCAAGAUUCCGGAUAUGGUGCAACCUAUCAAACUACUGGUGGUAACUUGGACGUGCCUGGAGCUAACGGAGGUGCGGUCAACCCAACGAAUCCAUUUCUGAAUGGCGGUGGGGGCGGAGGCGGAGGCGGCGGUGGAUAUAAUUACGGUAUGACCGGCAAAGGAGAGGACGAGUAUAUCCGUAGGAGCUUCAAGGCUUAUAAUGAGGUGAUCGGUAACGAGUUCGACUUGAUAAAGCCACCUCCAAUAGAGACCCACCUGCACGCCCAACAACCAUGCACCAAUCCGUUUCAUCAGCAAUACUACGACUGGUAACGAGACAAGUGUAAUCAAUCCUUGAACAACACACAUCUCGUUGGUAUCCACCAGUUGGAUUAAUCGAACAAGGUCUCGUGCAUAUUUAACAUACAAGAACCGAUUAGAGUUCUCGUUGCUGACCGUCUGAACUUGUUUAAUAUCGAAGAAGAGAAUUGCUUUUAUGUAUAUCGCAAAAGAACCUACGAGUUUCUUCUCCGAGAGACCAAAAGAACAAAAAAGAAAAGAAGAAAAAAAAAAAAAAAAAAAAAAAAAAAAAAAAAAAAAAAAAAAAUGUAAAAAAAAAAAAAAAAAAAAAGAAUAGGAUGCGCGCGAGGGGGAUCUGCGCGCUUAAAAAAAAAAGAAAAAAAAAAAAACAAAAACGAAAGAAAGAUAAUACGACGAAUAUUAAUCGAUUUGACAAUUAUAAUCGAUUUACCGGUGUGAUAGUCGAGGAUUUAAAAGAAAAAAAAAAAAAAGGAUUUCACACGCUCCUUUCUUUUUCUUACUUGACAAGUCUGAAUUAUAAAUAAGCGCCGUUUGUGCGCCAUUUUCACGCUUAUAACAAACACUUCCACGAGAGAUCAUUUACGCGGAUCGUAUUCCAUUCGAGAUUAAUUAAUUAAUAUUUCAAACGAUAUAUACACGCGCUCUUAAACGUCCACUUUCGUUCAACGAAUAUAACGUAAAUUCAUAAUACAAAUUUAGAAAACGCAAAUUUAGCAACGACUUUUUAUUUUCGAUUAUUAGAAAAGAAUUAGAAAGGAACGUCUAAGGGGACAGAGAAGAUACUAAUAUUAUUCCUUGUAAAUAUUGUUCUCUUAAAUGCCGAGCUAUUUCACUCACUCACUCACUCACUCUCUCUCUCUCUUUAUCUAUCGUUUGAAAAUUCUCUUCUGUUCCUAUUGCCAAAUGCUAUUCAUUGAUUUUGUCAAAAAGAUAAACUCGUGUAAAAUUAAUCCUAAUACAUUCUAUCGAGUAGUUCCUGUGGUACGAUAUCAUUAUUAUACAUAAUACCAAUAUAUUUCGUCGUUAUACGUGUAUAACACUGUUGAAAUAAAAGAAAAAGAAACUAAUAAAAAGACAAAAAAAAAACAAAAAAAGACAAAAAAAAAGGAAUAAAAAGAAAAAACAAAUAAUAAUAAGAGACCGCAAUUAAAAAACUGAAUUGCGAGUGCAGCUAUGCUAUGCGCGCGGGAAGGAUGAAUAUUUUAUCUCGCCGAUUCUUAUUCGUGGAACAAGAAAAAAAAAAGAAUAGAAAAAGGGAGAAGGAAGAGGAAAAAGAAAAAAAGAAGAAGAAGCUAGAGUUAACGUUGUACCUAUUCGACUCGUCGAAAUUAAUCCUAAAAUUUAAACUAGCAGUAUACAUGUAGAUAUAUAUAUAUAUACAUGCAAGUUAUAUAUAUAUAAAAUAAACACAUACACGCGUAUAUAAACUAUGGAAGGAGGAAGAAAAAAAAAGCGAGAGCAGUUGCCGUGUUUGUUAAAGAACGAACGCGUUACGACGAUCGAGAUGAUAUUAUCGAUAUCUCGAAUGAGAUCAAUCGAAUAUUUAACACAUUACGGAUAAAAGACGAGAACGUUUUGCAUUUUGUAUGUGUCCAUAAUGGAUUUUAAACUAUUUUACAAUUAAUUAUUAUUGACCCAUUCGUUUUUUAUCUUAUUUUAUCGUUCAUUCAUUGUUCAAAUGCAUUAGCAAUAAAAUGUCUGAUCCGUGAAGUGUUAAAAGGAAAGAACGAGUGGAGGUUUUUUUUGGAAUAAACAAUUUCAAAUCAACCGAAUGAAAAACGCGAACUCCUAUCCCAUUUCGAUAUAAAAGCUAUUUUUGUAGAAAAUAAUGAAACCGAUGGCUUCUAUCUAAAAAUUCCUCGACUCGUAUUGCGUCCGUUCUUUAUAAUUGAAUUGUUCUUCCUUGAUAGGAAGUACCAACGAGUUAACACCGCGGUCAUUGCCUUAUCGAUGUCGCUAUUUAUUCCAAAUUCUAAAGUUUAUCUUUUUCUUUUUUCCAUCAAUUUAAAAUAUUCGCGAUCGAGAUACUCGUUGAGAUUAAAUUUGACGUUGAGAAAUAACGUGUUUUAAGUAUUAUACGUUUUAAAAGAAUAGAUCGAGAUCGUAUUAGAAUUGUUUUCACAAAUAUAAUUGUCGUUUUAUUGCAAUAUAUAUAUAUAUAUAUUUUUAAAUAGCAUUUAUAUUUUCCAUCGCGAAAUGAAAUAAUAUCGAGUUUAUUAAUUAUUAUCAAUUAAAUGUUAUUUCCAUUGUAAUAAACUCGUUGAUAUUGUAAUAGAACUUAUAUUUAUUACAAUUUAACCUAAUAUUUAGAAUUUUACGUUUUAAUCACAACGAGUUACAAUAUGUAUUUAAGGGAGGAUUCUAGUCUAGAGGGCCAAAUUUUAGGUUCUUCUUAAAACGCUGUAAAUAAAAAACGAUAAAGAUUUAUAUCAUCGGGUUUUUUUUAUCGGUUGUUUACUUACGUUUAAAGAGCACAAAAAAAUUUAAUAAAAAAAAAAAGUACAGGCCCGCAAAGUGGAGACUCAAAAAAAAAAAGCUGCCCCCUGGUUGAUACGAUUCCACCCUCCUUGAUGAUCUGAAAACAAAAAUCUUGGUUAUUUAUUAAAGAGUAGGAAUGUAGUUUUCGUUUGACGUGAGCGAUUUGCAAGAAAAAACUUUUUUCGCAAAAUGGCGGCCAUGUAAAAAAGAAAAAAAAAGUAAUUUGGAAUUGAUUUGCAACAAUAAAUAAUGCGUUAAAUCGGCAAUGUUCGCAAAUCAUAUGCACAUGUCGAUCAUUGAACGAUUCAUAGUGAUCUCUAUGCUCUAACAGCUUGUAGAUAUUGUAUCGUAAUUUUUACGUGAAAAUUAGCGAACGUUUAAAAAAAAAAACCUUUCUUGUUCUAACGACAUACUUUACGUUAAGAUUCUUCUAGAUAAAAAGAUAAAAAAAAAAAGGCUAUCGUCGUCGUUAUCUUUCGACUUCGAUCAUUAUAGAUUCUUUUCGAAGAAACGAAUUCUAUCAUAUUUCGUAGCAUCAUAUCGUAAGUACCAAUUAUAGAUAGUAAUUAACAGAACUUAUCGAACUUUGUAUUGUAAAAACUUGAUUGGUUCGACGAUAUGUAAUUUACGUUAUAUAUUUUUCUUACCAAUGGACGACUAUAGUCAGCCGUUCAAAUUUUCCAUUGAUUUAACUUUAAAUAAAAAAAAAAAGGAAUAAUUAAAAAAAUAAUUAAACUAACGGUGAUUUCAGUGUCGCAUAGUUGUAGUUUAUAACGUUGUUGUAACAUUUCAAAUGGACUUACGAAACAAUGGGACUCCAAUUAUUUCAUAAAUUAUUUUUAAUAUGAGAGGAGAACGCGCGUAACUGGGGCGCCUUACUUAUACACUUUCAUUAAUCGAUAUCGAAAAAUAAGUUGCGUAUUAACAUUCUAAAAUAAACGAAAAAAAAAAAAAAAAAAUGUCAAAC